AUGUUCAAGCUGCUGGUGAUUGGAGCCUGCGUCGCCCUCGUCUUCACGGAUACCAUCGACGAUGCCAAGGCGGCGGCUGGAGACAUUGCCGACAAGGCCAAGCAGGGACUCUCCGACGCCGGAGACACCCUCAGGAACGCCGCACAAUCAGCCAACGACAAGGUGAAGGAGGGUGUGAACGCGGCCGGGCAAACCCUCGACGACGCCAAGGAAUCCGCCCAAGACAAAAUUGACGAAGCCGCCGCCCAGGCGAAGACAGCCAUCCAGGGCACCCCGGAAGAGCCGGGUUUCAUCGAUAAGGUUAAGGGAGGCCUAAGCAGCGUCGUCGGUUUCUUCAGCGGCGAGAAGCAGGUGUCCACGACCAUGCAGCCUCUACCGCCUCAGUAU